UCCUUUACGGCAGGGGUGCGCGCGUUUGCGACAGCGUGACGCCGGCAGAGUUUUGGCGGGAAAAGCGCAGCAUUUGGAUUCCUGUGGUGGCGGCCAAAGGACGGCCUGCCGUGGUCCGUGGUGGAGUCAUGGCAGUGCCCUUUGUGGAAGACUGGGACUUGGUGCAAACCCUGGGAGAAGGUGCCUAUGGAGAGGUUCAACUUGCUGUGAAUAGAAGAACUGAAGAAGCAGUUGCAGUCAAGAUUGUAGACAUGAAGCGUGCCGUAGACUGUCCAGAAAAUAUUAAGAAAGAGAUCUGUAUCAAUAAAAUGCUAAAUCAUGAGAAUGUGGUGAAAUUUUAUGGUCACAGGAGAGAAGGCAAUAUCCAGUAUCUAUUUCUGGAGUACUGUAGUGGAGGAGAACUUUUUGACAGAAUAGAGCCAGACAUAGGCAUGCCUGAACAAGAUGCUCAGAGGUUCUUCCAUCAACUCAUGGCGGGGGUGGUUUAUCUGCAUGGUAUUGGGAUAACUCACAGGGAUAUUAAGCCAGAAAAUCUCCUAUUGGAUGAAAGGGAUAACCUCAAAAUCUCUGACUUUGGCUUGGCAACGGUGUUUCGGCAUAAUAAUCGUGAACGUUUAUUGAACAAGAUGUGCGGUACUUUACCUUAUGUUGCUCCAGAACUUCUAAAAAGAAAAGAAUUUCACGCAGAACCUGUUGAUGUUUGGUCCUGUGGAAUAGUACUUACGGCAAUGUUGGCUGGAGAAUUGCCAUGGGACCAGCCCAGUGACAGUUGUCAGGAAUACUCUGAUUGGAAAGAAAAAAAAACAUACCUCAACCCUUGGAAAAAAAUUGAUUCAGCUCCUCUAGCUUUGCUGCAUAAAAUCCUAGUUGAGAAUCCAUCAGUAAGGAUUACCAUCCCAGACAUCAAAAAAGAUAGAUGGUACAAUAAACCACUCAAGAAAGGGGCAAAGAGGCCCCGAGUCACUUCAGGUGGUGUAUCAGAAUCUCCUACUAGAUUUUCUAAGCACAUUCAAUCCAAUUUGGACUUCUCUCCAGUGAACAGUGCCUCUAGUGAAGAAAAUGUGAAGUAUUCCAGUUCCCAGCCAGAACCACGGACAGGUCUUUCAUUAUGGGACACCAGUCCUUCAUAUAUUGAUAAACUGGUACAAGGGAUCAGUUUUUCCCAACCCACAUGUCCUGAUCACAUGCUUCUGAAUAGUCAAUUACUUGGCACUCCAGGAUCCUCACAGAACCCUUGGCAGCGCUUGGUUAAAAGGAUGACACGAUUUUUUACCAAAUUGGAUGCAGACAAGUCUUAUCAAUGCCUGAAAGAGACUUGUGAGAAAUUGGGCUAUCAGUGGAAAAAGAGUUGUAUGAAUCAGGUUACUGUAUCAACAACUGAUAGGAGAAACAAUAAACUGAUUUUCAAAGUGAAUUUGGUAGAAAUGGAUGAGAAGAUCUUGGUUGACUUUCGGCUUUCUAAGGGUGAUGGAUUAGAAUUCAAGAGACACUUCCUGAAGAUUAAAGGGAAGCUGAGUGAUGUUGUGAGCAGCCAGAAGGUUUGGCUUCCUGCCACAUGAGAGAUCCAUUGGAUUCCUGAUGAAUAUAGUGCUGCUAUGUUGACAUUAUUCUUCCUAGAGAAGAUUAACCUAUUCUGCAAACUGCAAACAAUAGUCUCUGAAGAGUUGACUUCCCUCUAGCCAAACACUUUCCAAUUCUUUUUGCAUGUUCUUCAUACAAACAACAUCUAUAUCUUCACUGUAAGUAAAGCUUUGGGGAACCGAUGGAUAGAAUUCGUUAGAUAUUUCUUCAUCCUGUGUUUAGUGUCUAAAGACCCAUGUGAUGGAAACCAAGCUUUGGGGAUACAUGAGCUUACCAGCCAAUGUAAUGAAAGAUGAUAUUCUUAUUGCAUUAUUGACAAGACAUUUGGUUUCAUCCAAAAAGUAGGUAUAUUUUCUCUAUGUUGAUUUAAUUAUAUCGAUGGAUUAGUAAUAAAGCAAUCCUGUGACUUUUGGACAGUAAAUUUUUCAGUCUAUAAAGUGAAGCCAACUUCAAAAAAUAUAUCCUCAAGAUUUGUAUUUAUAUUUUUACAAGGGCUUUAUCAGAUAUAUAAAUCUGUUUUUGAAUUAUAACUGUUAAUUAAAAUUACAAGUAGAUAUGUUUUCUCCAUUAUAAAAUACUGGUUGGUCUUUCAAGUAGAUGUUGAGCAUGGACUCUAGUGCUUAACUACCUUUACUCUAAAAUUACUGUUGCACAUUUAAAAUAUUUUUCUAUAUUAUUAUCUACUUUCACAGCCAUAUUUUAAUUCUUUAUUACAGAAAUAAAUUCUAUUUUGAAAAUGAAUAGCUAACUCUGUGGACUUCUUGGUGACCAAGCUUCUAGGUAGUAGGAAAUAAAAGAGGAGGGAGAAGUAAGGAAACUGUGAAAAAAGUAGAUCUGAUUCCUAAUUCUUUUACUAUUAGAUUUACUAAGACUUUGUUCUUCUGAUAAAAUAUAUAUUAAUUUUUGAAUGUAUUAGGUUGGGCCUUGUAUUCCUUUUUCCUGGUAAUUUAUAAAAUUAAUCAUCUUAGUCUGAAACUAAGAACUUGUGAAAUUUUAUUGUUAGAGUUUAUUGCUUAUUAGUGUAUACUGGUAAAUUGUGUUAACUGCAGUAUAUCCAUAGGAGAAAUAAAUUUGAAGUGAUAGGUGACUCCUAAGAAUUGAGCCAGUAAAUUCUCAAAUAUGAAAAGUUUUGUUCUUGAAAAUUGUCUUUAGUAACUCUCAAGAACAGUUAUCUCAGACUUUGGCCUCUCCUGUGAGCUUUAGACUUUUAAAGACACAGCCAAGCUGACAUUUCUACUUGACUCAUAGUGAACAUGUGACCAAAACCAGCUUUUGGCCUGUGUCUUCUAACCUGUUCCUCCCUAGUUUCUCUUUAUGCCAAUAAUGCUGCAUUCAGCUCUCCAGUUCUCUAAGCCAAAACCCUAGAAAUCUUCCUUGACUUGGUUUUCAUACUGUACAUUUAAUUCAGCAAAUCCUAUUCAGUUUAACAAAUUUUUCACAAUCUAUCCUACUUCACACUUCUACUAGAAGCACUCUAGUUGUAGGCACUGUUGUUACCUCUCUUUUCAUAUUACUUAUCCUUCAACAGUUCAAAAAGGCAGCCAGAAUGAUCUUUCUAAAAUGUGAAUCAGGAAUCCUUCCCCUGUUCUCAACUCUAAUGGCUUUUCAUCACACUUAAAACAAAAUUCAAAAUUUUCUCUUUUACUUCCUGGCUUUAUGGGAUCUGCUCUCUUACCAGCAUCUGGGCCUGCUCUGCCACUUUCUCACUUAUCCUGCCCUAGGUGCAUUUGCUUUGCACAUACUCUUAUUUCAAGAUCUUUUCCUUUGCUCUUCCCUUUUCUUGGAGUGCUUUACUCCCAAACAUUUGUGUGGCUUGUGCUUCACUUUAAGUCCUUGCUUAAGUGUCACCCAUUAUGCAAAGUCUUUCCUUGACUUAUCUAAAAUGUUACCCCACUUCUAUCAUUCUUUAUUUGUCAUCAUAACACUUACUAUCUGACAUUAUAAGAUAUUUUUAUUUACCUAUUAAAUAUCUAUUCCCCUCACUGCAGUAUGUAAUACAUAAGCUCCUUGAGGUCAGGGAAUCCUAUAUGCUGUGUUCAAUUCUGUGUCCCCAGCACCUAUAGGAACAGUGCCUGAUGUCUUACAGCAUGCAAUGAAUAGUUGUUAAGUGAGGAUAUAGAUACUCAUUGAUCUGGUCUAUCCUUAGAAUGUAUCUGGGAGCUGAAGACUACUGUCCAUUUUGAUUGCUGCCACUCUAGUUCAAGCUCCUUCAUCUCCUCCCUGGAUUUCUUACUAAAAACUGUCUUCCCACUUCCACUCUUGACAUUUCCCAACCCUCUCUCCCUCCAAGUCUUUUCUAGACAUAGGUUCUAACUUUUUUUUAAAAAAAGAUAAAUCGUACUCUGACAUUCCCUUAUUUAAAAACCUCCAGUGACUUCCCACUACAUCGAAAAUGGCAUCUAAAUUCUUUGCUUGGACUGCAAGAUACACCAUCUGUCCUCUUCGUUCAUCAUACUACAGGCGGAGUAUCCAUCUACUUCUACUUCUAUUCGUGAAGCAUGCCCAAGCUCAUUCCCCUUUCAGGGCUUUUAUGUUUACAGCUGCCACCACCUGGAAUCCCUUCCAGUAGUUCACAUGGCUUAUUUAGCAUUCAGAUCUCAGCCCAGAUGUUUUUACUAUUCCCAAUCACUGUCCUACUGUUUUGUUUUCUUCAUAGAACUGAUUACUAUCUCAAAUUAUUUAUUGUCUGUCUCCCCCACCAAAAUGUAAACUUAGACUUCAUUUCCCGUUAGUAUAUCUCCCCUCCCCCUUCCUGCCCCUUUAUGUAUUUUGUAUGUGGAACAGUACCUGGAAUAUAGUAGGACCUAAAUAAAUAUUUGUUGAAUAAAUGAAUGAAUUAAAUAUCAGAUGAAGAAAAUGCUACAGAAUAUUGUCAGGGGAAGGUGAAUUCUCAGCUAAUGGAAUUUGUGUAAGAAUGGGGAGGACGUUCCAUUCAGACUUGGGCAGAUUAGCCCUCACAUUUAUAGUUAUGUGAGCAUUGGCAACCACCUCUGUAAAGAGACUGAUAAUAACUACAUUUUAGAGUUGUUUUUAAUCUUAAAUGAGUUAAUGUAUUUAAAGAUUGUAGUAUACCAUAUUGCACAAAAGGCAUUCAAUAAACAUAAGCUGCCGUAAUUUUUCUGCAGUGUUCAUUAUGUUGUUGGGAGAAUGUGUUUACUCCCAUUAUGAAAAGUAAUGUUUGCUUAUCGAUGAAAAUUUGGAAAAUGUAAAAAUGAGAGGAAUAGAAUUAUUACCCAAAGAUAACAGCUAAAAUUUUGAUAGAAAGGUCAACGUGUGCUGCAUUGCAUAUAUGCAUAGUGUGGUGUGUGAAGUGGGUAUGAUUGUUGAGAUAAAUAUAAAUACAUAAAGUGUGUAUGGUUUAACAAGCACUUGUAAAGUUAAUCUGUUUAAUCAAACUCAGUUGCAGAAAAAUCAUUUCUGACCCUCACAAGCCUUCCCCUGUACCACUUCCCUCUCAGAACCCUCUCGUUUCCCACAGAAGUAAUCAUAAAAUUUAUAAUA